GAGGCCCCUCCCCUUCCUGCCGAGCGCUCGCCCCACUUCCGGCCACCUCAGGCCUUUUCCGCCUGUUCUCUGCCGGUUUUUCUCUGUUCCCCAAGUCUCUCCCGGCCCCCGGCCCCCGGCCCCGUUCCCUCAGCACCCCGCGCUCGCGCCCAGCGGUCGCCUCCUAUCCCGAAUCUCUGUGAGGCUCGGAGCGACUCUGCCGUGCGUCUUUGCGGGGCGGCCGGGCUGAGGCCUGCCGCGGGCGGUGCGUCCUCUCAGACCUGACCCCGCGUCUCCGCGCAGCUCCGGUGAGGCCGUCGCCGUCGCCUCGAGAUGCUGCGGCCGGGGUCCGCGCGGCGCUGGUUGGCCGCCGCGGGCCGUUGGAGCUGCAGGCUGCUCGUGCUGCUGCUGCUGGUGCCGGGGCCCGGCGGCGCCUCUGAGAUCACCUUCGAGCUGCCCGACAACGCCAAGCAGUGUUUCUACGAGGACAUCACGCAGGGCACCAAGUGCACCCUCGAGUUCCAGGUCAUUACUGGUGGUCACUAUGAUGUUGAUUGUCGAUUAGAAGAUCCUGAUGGUAAUGUGUUAUACAAAGAGAUGAAGAAACAGUAUGAUAGUUUUACCUUCACAGCCUCCAAAAAUGGGACAUACAAAUUUUGCUUCAGCAAUGAAUUUUCUACUUUCACACAUAAAACCGUGUAUUUUGAUUUUCAAGUUGGAGAAGACCCACCUUUGUUUCCUAGUGAGAACCGAGUCAGUGCUCUUACCCAGAUGGAAUCUGCCUGUGUUUCAAUUCAUGAAGCUCUGAAGUCUGUCAUCGACUAUCAGACUCAUUUCCGUUUGAGAGAAGCUCAAGGCCGAAGCCGAGCAGAGGAUCUAAAUACAAGAGUGGCCUAUUGCCACAGUAUGGAUACAAGUCAAAGACAUCAUGAGUCAGACUCCAAGAAAUCUGAGGAAAUCUCCCUGCGUGAUGCUGCUGAGCAUAGAUAUGUGACAGAGAUGCCACCAGAAAAGCAGGAGAAAGCUGAAGGAGGGGUAAAGAUGCCUGAAGAGGAAGCAGAAGAAGAAGUGUUCCUCAAAUUUGUGAUAUUGCAUGCAGAGGAUGACACAGACGAAGCCCUCAGAGUCCAGAGUCUGCUAGAAAAUGACUUCGGCAUCAAACCUGGAAUAAUCUUUGCUGAGAUGCCAUGUGGCAGACAGCAUUUACAGAAUUUAGAUGAUGCGGUGAAUGGGUCUGCAUGGACAAUCUUAUUGUUGACUGAAAACUUUUUAAGAGAUACUUGGUGCAAGUUCCAGUUCUAUACGUCCCUAAUGAACUCCGUUAACAGGCAGCACAAAUACAAUUCUGUUAUCCCCAUGCGGCCACUGAACAAUCCACUGCCUCGAGAAAGGACUCCCUUUGCUCUGCGAACUAUCAAUGCCCUAGAGGAAGACAGUCGUGGCUUUCCUACACAAGUAGAAAGAAUUUUUCAGGAGUCCGUGUAUAAGAUACAACAAGCUAUCUGGAAAGAGACAAGAAACAUGGUACAAAGGCAAUUGAUUGCCUGAGAUGGAAUACUCAAUGCACAGCCAUCUCUUGUUUUGUAAAACAAAUCCUUUAUCUUCACUUGAGAAAGCAAUGUCUAGGAAAAGUUUAAAUAAAGGAGAACCUUACUCUUACAGAAACCUCUGGAGCACAAGAAGGAUAAAUUUCUGCAGGACAAUAGAUAAAAUUGUGGUACUUUUUGAUGUUUUGAUAAACUCGAGAUUGUCAGAAUUUGACGAACUUUCCUCUCACGGUUUUCGUAGUUCAUGCAUAUGACAAAGGUUAUUCUCAACUCAUUUUCCUUGUAUUGAACCUUGAAAAGAAACUUUUACAAUAGACAUUUAAAAAAUACAGGAACACUUUCGUUCUCUAAAUUUUGUUCUCAAAGGACAUGCAGAAGAGGGGCCAGCCCAGUGGUGCAAUGGUUAAGUUCACACCUUCCAUUUCAGCGACUUGGGGUUCAGAGGUUCAGAUCCCAGGUACGGACCUACACACCAUUUGUCAAGCCA